UACAGUCAUGGCAGACAUACCGCCGAGCAGACAAGAGAAGUCCCUGGGGUUAUUAACGUCUAAGUUCGUAUCUCUUCUUCAGGAAGCCGAGGAUGGAGUCCUGGACAUUAAAUCUGCUGCUGAUCAACUGGCCGUACGACAGAAGAGGAGAAUUUAUGACAUUACCAAUGUGUUGGAGGGCAUUGGGCUAAUUGAGAAGAAGAGUAAGAACUCUAUUGUGUGGAAGGGUGGGGGGCCAGGCUCCAACACCCAGGAAUUCACAGACCGAGCCACCAUGCUAAAGGAGGAAAUAUCUGAACUUGACCAGCAUGAGAAGAUGCUUGACCAACACAGACAGUAUGUACAGCAGAGUAUAAAAAACAUCACUGAAGAUCUAAGCAAUUAUAAAAUGGCAUAUGUGAAUCAUGAAGACAUCUGCAGUUGCUUCCAGGGCGAUACAUUAUUAGCUAUACAGGCACCCUCAGGUACCCAGUUGGAGGUUCCCAUUCCUCAGGUGGUACAUGGUGAGAAGAAGUACCAGAUUCACCUGAAAUCAGAGAGUGGGCCAAUUUAUGUACUGCUAGUCAACCAGGACCAGGAUCACUCCCCACCUCUGGUGGUGCAGGUUCCACCUCCAUCUACCAUGAUGAAACAAGAACCAGAAGGAAGGGGUGUGAAGAGAGUAGCCCAAUCACUUCCCGUCCAGCAACCUACAUCACGUCCUCGUAUAACUCCUCAGAAAGGCGUCACGGCUCACACUCCAACAGCACCAAUCCCGUCACAUCCAGAGGGUGGUGAUGUUGCAGAAACUGCUACAGUAUCUCGUAGAGUGCCUCGUAAGGCUUCAGCAGGAGUUAGUAGUGUAACAGAGGCUUUGGCACCCAGAAGAGCACGCAAAAGACAGGAAGCAGCAGCUGCAGCCGCAGCAGCAGCAGCAGCAGCAGCAGCGGCACAGUUGUCUUUGGCCAGUGAUGUAAUGGUAAAACGUGAGCACGUUGAGGAACCGCUUCCAACCCCCAUCGCCAAUAUCAAACAGGAGCGUCAGGAAGAAAGUCUGGCUACAUCUCCCAUUUUUUCCCGUACUUCAGAUACAAUGUUGUCAACUAUCGGAGAAGGUUUGGUCGAAGAGCUAAUAACAGCAGAAAUGUUUGCACCUUUACUACGACUGAGUCCACCGCCAUCAGAGCGAGAUUACAUGUUCAAUUUGGAUGAGACGGAGGGCGUGUGUGACUUCUUUGAUGUUCCAAUGUUAAGUUCACUUAGUACAGAUUUACCGUGAAUUUUAUGAAAUUUAAAAAGGAAAAAAAAAUAUUCUGUAGCAUUAAGUGGAUAGACAAGCACUUGCAAAUCUCAUUGAGGGCAAAUGUUAGGUCUUUUGUAUGGCAGAAAUGAACCACAUAUUGAGAUGAUCAAAUGGUUCCUGGGGUUGACCAAAGGCUUAAAGAAGUAUAUUUAACAGUCCAAACAGUGUGGUAUUCUAUACUGAAGAGGUGUUUGCUAGUCUGGGUUCCUAGAUAAGUUAGUGAGGGCAGAAUAGUUGAGCAUUAACUGGUCAGUAAAAUAUCUGUGUUGAGAAUUGUUAGUUUGUCCAGUAUGCACAAAGGAAACAAAAGGUAUUUUGAGAAUAGAGAUGCAUUAAUAUAAAAAAUUAAAAUGUUAUAUUUGUAGGAGAGAAACUGGUUAAGAUUUUUUCAUUUAUUUAUCAUUUUUUAUUUAUUUAUUUAUUUAUUUAAUUUUUUUUAAGGGUGUAUGAACAGUUUAUCUUAUGACCAAAUUAUCCUAUGUGGGUCUACCAACGUUUUUUUCUUCACAUGGCAUGGAUUAAAGGUCUUUCAUAAGUGGUCCCUCGGUUAACGAACACAAUUCGUUCCAGAAAGUCGUUUGUUAACCAAAAAUUUUGUUAACUGAAUCCAUUGUUUCAAUGGGAUAUUGGGUAAUUGGUUCCAGCUCACUGAA